UCUCCAACCUUCUCCUCUUUCCUAUCUGAUUAUUCUACUAAAAUCUUCAUCAUUUUCAUUCUACUUUUCUUCCAUGGCUAGCAACCAAACAUCCCUCAAUGAUGCCAAAUUUGCUCUCCCUGCUAGUGAUGUUGAGCAACAAGCAGCUUUAGAGAUUGGAACCGAGGACUUUGACUACUCAAAACGAGCACAAUGGCUACGAGCUGCAGUGCUCGGAGCCAAUGAUGGUUUGGUCUCCACCGCAUCAUUGAUGAUGGGGGUGGGGGCCGUGAAACAAGACAUUAAGGCCAUGAUACUGACUGGGUUUGCCGGUUUGGUAGCUGGGGCUUGUAGCAUGGCAAUAGGUGAGUUUGUGUCUGUCCACUCACAACUAGAUAUUGAGUUGGCUCAAAUGACAAGAGACAGACAAAGAAAAGACACGGAAGAAAAAGAAGAGGGAGAGAAUGAGAGUUUGCCAAACCCAUUGCUGGCAGCUGCAGCUUCAGCUCUUGCCUUUUCAGUUGGUGCGUUAGUGCCAUUGCUAGCUGCUUCCUUCAUAAGGGAGUACAAGGUGAGGAUAGGAGUUGUGGUUGCGGCAGUAACAUUGGCUUUGAUGAUCUUCGGGUGGUUAGGGGCUGUGCUGGGCAAAGCACCGGCUGUUAAGUCAUCACUUAGGGUUUUGAUAGGAGGAUGGCUGGCUAUGGCCAUCACCUUUGGUCUAACCAAGUUGAUUGGAUCAAGUGGACUAUGAAUUUGCAACACACACUCCCUUGUCGUUUUUAUUUCUUUUUGUGAAAGUAAUUUUCUUAUGUUGUUUGUUAUUUUUGUUUUUUGUUUCAAAUAGAAAGGUGCGAACUCGAAACCUAUUAAGAAAAUAAAAAUAUGAAUAGCAAUUGAC